AUGAAUGCUAAAAUCGACAAAUUCCUUCAGAAGCUCGGCAUUGAGCGGCCUGAGGGUGAGCACGAUCGUGUGACUCGCGGGGAGUCCAUAGCCAGCAAUUUCGCUGACCCCUUCGUCGAGCCCGAUCCAACCGUCGGCGAGUGGUUCCAGGAAAAAUUACCAAAUCGCCACGAAUUCGGCCAGUACUGCUUGGAUCUCCUACCUUUCCUCCGCUGGGUGCACAGAUACAACCUCCAGUGGCUUAUCGGCGAUCUUAUUGCUGGUAUCACCGUCGGCGCUGUCGUCGUUCCACAGGGUAUGGCCUACGCUGAACUCGCAGGCCUUGAACCCCAAUUCGGUCUUUAUUCGUCUUUCGUUGGUGUCAUCGUCUACUGGUUCUUUGCCACAUCUAAAGAUAUCACUAUCGGUCCAGUCGCUGUCAUGUCUACCCUUGUUGGAGAGAUCCUCCAAGAACUCAGCCCCAAGUUCCCUGAUAUUCCUGACUACAAGAUCGCCGGGAGCUUAGCAGUCAUCACCGGAGCUAUAGUCUUUUUCAUGGGUCUAAUUAGAGUCGGAUGGAUAGUCGACUUUAUUCCCCUCCCUGCGAUCGCUGCAUUCAUGACUGGAUCGUCCAUUACCAUCAUUGCUGGCCAGGUUCCUUCUCUGCUCGGUAACAAGGAUGCAGGCUUUGACACGAAUGGGGCGACGUACAUGACGAUAAUCAAGACACUCAAGCAUCUCCCAGAAAGUAAUAUCAACGCUGCUAUGGGUGUCACCUCACUCUUUCUCCUUUACCUUCUCAGAGAGACAUGCACUUACUGCGCUAAGAGAUGGCCUAACAAGAAGAAAAUAUGGUUUUUCGCCAACACACUGCGCACCGUCUUUGUCAUCCUCCUCUACACACUCAUCAGCUGGCUUGUGAACAGACACCGCCGCGGUGUCGAUGGACAGUCUGAACCACUCUUCGACCUCAUUGGAACCGUACCCAGGGGUUUCAAAAACAUGAAUGUCCCCACUAUGAACGCAGAUGUGAUCAGGAAUUAUGUUGGCCACCUUCCUGGAGCUGUUAUUGUCCUGCUUAUCGAGCACAUUGCCAUAUCAAAGUCAUUUGGUAGGGUUAACAACUACACCAUCAACCCAUCGCAAGAGCUAAUUGCGAUUGGUGUGACAAACUUGAUCGGGCCGUUUUUUGGUGCAUAUCCAGCAACAGGAUCCUUUUCGCGCACAGCUAUCAAGUCUAAGGCGGGUGUGAGAACACCAUUCGCUGGUGUCAUCACUGGUGUUCUCAUCCUGCUCGCAAUCUACGCAUUGACUGCAGUCUUCUUCUACAUCAGUAAAGCGGUUUUGGCAGCGGUCAUUAUCCAUGCCGUCGGUGAUCUUAUCUUGCCUAUUGGCCAGCUUUAUGCUUUCUGGAAAGUGUCACCACUUGACGCACUGAUCUUUGUCGGUGGUGUGAUAAUCAUUAUCUUUACAUCCAUCGAAAUAGGUAUCUAUGUAACUGUCUGUGUGAGUGCAGCAGUGCUCCUCUUUAGGAUUGCAAAAGCCCAUGGAGAAUUUUUGGGCCGCAUCAAAGUGCAGACGAUAAAUGGUAAGGACCAGCGCAAUAUCUGGCUACCAGAAAACCAUCAGGACGGGUCUAACCCGCUACUGAGCGUGCAAUCACCAUAUCCCGGAGUAUUUGUUUACCGAUUUACCGAAUCUUUCAUUUACGCAAACGCCAAUCACUACACGGAUGAGGUAGUUGACUACAUCAAGCGUGCGACGCGCAAGACACAUGUGGAUGUAUUUGCCAAAGCGGGUGACCGACCAUGGAAUGACCCAGGACCACGCAAGUUCAACCCUGACACAAUUGCAGAAGAUACACGACCCACGCUCAAGGCAAUAAUAUUCGAUAUGUCGUCUGUGACACACGUGGAUGUGACGUCGACACAGGUGCUUGUCGAUGUAAAAAACCAACUAGAUAGAUGGGCAAGUCCUGACACCGUUCAAUGGCAUUUUGCAGGUAUUAGAGAUAGAUGGAUAAAGCGAGCACUCGCUGCAAUCAAGAUGCACGAGACGACGAGUGUAAAAGCUAAGCCUUUGUUCAGCGUUGCGGAAGUUGGACAGUUUUCGUCGGAAAAUGAUGCCACGGUAAAUAAUGAAGGUCAGGGUCCGAUUCCGACUCAAAAGGAGGAUAUAGAGACGGGAAUUAAUGUGGAGAGGCAGCAGCAACAAGAUGAGCAGGAACAGCAGGAGGCAGAGAACGCUGGACGGAAUAGCUAUAGCUAUCAUAGAUACCUGCCCGUGUUGGGUGUCGAUAGAGCUUUCCACCCAGAUGUAGACUCGGCCGUGAGAGCUGUGAUUGAUACGCUCGAGCAGGAUCGCAUCGAGCAGGAGGAACAUAAGAGCAGCUCUGACUUGGCAUCGUGA